AUGGCUACUCACAAGGCCCUUGUUCUCCACUCACGCGGCCAGCCACUGGCCCUCAGGACUGUUCCUCGCCCUUUAGCGAAGGCAGGCGAGGCAGUCGUGCAAAUAUUGGCUGCCGAUAUCGUCCCUUAUAUGGCCGAGGUAUUAAAUGGCUCUCGUCCCUAUCCUCUGUCCCUCCCUAUGACACCCGGCAACACCGCGAUCGGAAGAGUCUUCGAGGUCGGCCCGGAUGCCGUUAGCCUCACACCGGGUCAGAUGGUUUUCUGCGACAUUACCAUUCGAGCUCGCGAUGAUCCCUCUGUGACUAUUCUUUACGGAAUUCAUGGAGGAGGAUACCCAGCAGCGAAGAAGCUGAUGGAUGGCGAGUGGCGAAAUGCAACAUAUGCGGAAUACACACGCUUUCCUCUCGAAAACCUCUACCCGCUGAAUGAGAGUCUCCUCAUAACAAGUUUGGGAUACAGAAUUUCAGACUUGUGUCUCUUGCCAGUAUUCUUAGUCCCCUUUGGUGGACUCUCGGAAGUCGACUUGAAACCCGGUGAAGUGGUAAUUGUGGCACCAGCGACGGGCAGAUAUGGAGGUGCCGCAGUAGCUGUGGCGCUCGCUAUGGGCGCUACAGUAGUGGCUGCUGGUCGCAAUACUACCGCUCUUCAGACCCUUCAAAAGAUACAUGCAUCUACAGGUCGAAUCAGAACAGUGGUACUCACUGAGGACUCUGCACGCAACACCGAGCUGUUCAAAUCCGCCGCUGGAACGACAAAAGGCGCAGACGUAUACAUCGACUUUUCGCCGCCUGCAGUACAAGGCAGCUUGCUUUUGUGCUCUGGUGUUGGUGCCUUGCGUUCAUUCGGAAGGUGUGUCAUCAUGGGAGGAAUGUCAGGGGACAUUAAGAUUCCAUAUUUGGAUGUUAUGUUCAAAAGUCUCCGGCUUCAGGGUCGAUUCAUGUAUUCGCGACACCAUACCAUUCAACUGAUACAAAUGAUGGAGUCGGGUCUGAUGCCGCUGGGGACCAAGGCUGGCAUUCACCGCACAGAAGAAUUUGGACUGGAGUUUGUUGAUGAUGCUCUUGAGGCAGCGGGGAAGCUGGUGGGGUGGGGAGCACAUGUAGUGUUGAAACCUACGUAG